GUUUAAAUUACGGCAAUGAGAAAGCAAAAUGAGGGCGGCAUUAUUCUUUUUCUUCAGGAAAAUUCGGACUUUGGAUCUGUACAGAACAACUUAAACAAGGGGUCGAUUGCCAAUCCAAUCCGACCCAAAUGUUGGUCGGAUCUUGUCCCUUCCACUGGUAGUCUCGACAGAGCAUCUUCUUGUCUCUCUUUCUUCGUCGCGACUCACCAGCGCCCUAGCUCUCUGCUCGUAGACAUGCCCGAGCCCAGGACUCGAACCGUCCUCGAACACUUGGCUCAGUUUGACCUCUCCAGCCACUCUGGGAGCCCGACCCGAUCCCUCGCCAUCUCUACCGUCUCAGACUCCCAGACCUUUAUUUACGUCGGAACUCUAUCCGGAACCCUAAUUCUGCUCUCUACAAACCCUGAAAAUCCAAGCACCAGUACCACCCCCGAAAAACCUCUCAAAGUCGCUACGUUUUUGCAGCAAAACGUUUCGCUUCUGCGAAGUGUUUUGGUCGGCGAUGAUUCUCCCGUUGAUCGGAUACUGUUUCUAGGUGAGAUUGGGAAGGUUCUACUACUUUCAGGUGGGGCUUUGUUCUUGGUUGAUUCCCUUUUAUUACAACCCGUGAGGAGGUUGAGUUUCUUCAAGGGAGUGUCUGUUAUAACCAGGCGAUUUCGGAGCAGUAAUCAAGCGGAGAGUACGAAUUUGACGGAGAAUAGUGCUAACACAAACGCUUCUUCUUCGGAAUACACGAGCACGAGUCAACGGAUUUUGCAGAGAUUGGGUGGUGGGAUUAGAGCUAAUGGUCUGAGAGACAAAGAAUCCGAACUGAACCACCGGACUGAAGGUGAUUUUGUUUUUGCAGUUGUGAUUGGUAAAAGAUUGAUACUGGUGGAGCUCGUCUUAGAUGGUAUAGUAAGUAAAAGUGACAGAGAUCUCGAUGGCGUAAAUGGAUCCUUCGUAGUUUUAAAAGAAAUUCAGUGUCUUGAUGGGGUUAUGACCAUGGUGUGGCUUGAUAAUUCUAUAAUUGUCGGAACGGUUAAUGGAUAUAGUUUGUUUUCGUGUGUUACGGGGCAAAGUGGUAUAAUAUUUACUUUGCCGGAUGUGUCUAGCCUGCCGCAGCUUAAAUUGUUGUGGAGAGACUGGAAGGUGCUUUUGUUGGUUGACAAUGUGGGUGUUCUUGUCAACACGCACGGCCAGCCAGUUGGUGGGAGUUUGGUGUUCAGGCGUGGUGGACCGGACUCUAUUGGGGAGAUAUCUUCUUAUGUGGGUGUUGUGAAGGAUGGGAACAUGGAGUUGUAUCAUAAGAAAUCGGGAGGUUGUAUUCAAAAAGUUACUUUUGGUGGUGAAGGGGUUGGACCUUGCAUUGUUGCAAAUGAGGAAGUUGGAGGGGGGAAACUUUUGGCUGUUGCAACACCCAAUAAGGUUCUUUGCUUCCGGAAAUUAUCUUCUGAAGACCAACUCAAAGAUUUGUUGAGAAAGAAAAGCUUUAAAGAAGCAAUCACCUUGGCGGAGGAGCUUGAGUAUGAUGGUGAAAUAUCAAAGGAUAUGCUAUCCUUUGUUCAUGCUCAAGUGGGAUUCCUAUUGCUUUUUGACCUGCGAUUUGAGGAAGCAGUAAAUCACUUUUUGCAUUCAGAGACGAUGCAGCCUUCUGAAGUAUUUCCAUUUAUAAUGCGAGAUCCAAAUCGCUGGUCACUGCUGGUUCCUAGAAACCGUUAUUGGGGUUUGCAUCCCCCCCCUAAACCUCUUGAAGAUGUUGUAGAUGAUGGGUUGAUGGCCAUCCAAAGAGCUACCUUCCUGAUAAAAGCAGGUGUAGAAACUUUAAUAGAUGAUGGUUUUCUUUCAAAUCCACCAAGCAGGGCUGAUUUGUUGGAGUCGGCAAUCAAGAACAUCACCAGGUAUUUGGAAAACUGUCGGGUGAAAGAGUUAGCAUUGCCAGUAAGAGAGGGAGUUGACACACUAUUAAUGUACCUUUAUAGAGCUCUAAAUCGUGUUAAUGACAUGGAGAAGCUGGCAUCUUCGGCAAACAGCUGUAUCGUGGAGGAGUUGGAAACUUUAUUAGAUGAAACUGGGCACUUGCGGACGCUUGCCUUCCUCUAUGCAAGUAAAGGGAUGAGCUCCAAGGCUCUUGCUAUUUGGCGUAUUUUGGCAAGGAAUUAUUCAAGUGGCCUCUGGAAAGAUCCCAAUAUGGAAAAUGGCUCACAGGAUUCCAAUAAUAAUAUUAUAUCAGGUAAGGAGAUUGCUGCAACAGAGGCAUCAAAGAUUCUUGAGGAAUCAUCCGAUCAAGAGUUAAUUCUACAACAUCUUGGAUGGGUUGCCGAUAUCAACCAGGCACUUGCUGUUCAAGUUUUAACCUCAGAGAAAAGAGCCAAUCAACUUUCACCAGAUGAAGUUGUUGCUGCUAUUGAUCCUAGAAAGGUAGAAAUUCUUCAGAGGUACAUCCAGUGGUUGAUUGAAGAUCAGGACUGUGAUGAUACUCGUUUCCACACAUUGUAUUCUCUAUCACUUGCCAAAUCAGCCAUUGAAGCUUUUGAAGCACAAAAUACACAUCAAAAUGCUGAUGUUGGAAAGGCAGAUGAUACAGAAAUUUCUGCUAACAGAAUGAACUCAAUCUUUGAAAGUCCUGUCCGAGAAAGACUGCAGAGAUUUUUACAAUCUUCUGACUUGUAUGAUUCAGAAGAAGUUCUCGACUUGAUUGAAGGAUCAGAGUUAUGGUUAGAAAAGGCGAUUCUCUACAGAAAACUUGGGCAAGAGGCAUCAGUUCUACAGAUCUUGGCCUUGAAACUGGAAGACAGUGAAGCUGCUGAGCAGUAUUGUGCUGAGAUUGGCAGACCAGAUGCCUAUAUGCAGUUACUUGAUAUGUAUUUGGAUCCGCAAGAUGGCAAGGAGCCAAUGUUUAAGGCUGCUGUUCGCCUUCUACACAAUCAUGGAGAAUCAUUGGAUCCUUUGCAAGUUUUGGAGAAAUUGUCCCCGGAUAUGCCCCUACAACUAGCAUCAGAGACAAUAUUAAGAAUGUUCAGAGCUCGCCUUCAUCAUCAUCGACAAGGACAGAUUGUGCAUAAUCUAUCCCUAGCCGUGGACGUUGAUGCAAAGUUAGCGAGAUUAGAGGAAAGAUCAAGACAUGUUCAGAUCAACGAUGAAAGCCUUUGUGAUUCUUGUCAUGCCCGCCUAGGAACUAAACUGUUUGCAAUGUACCCAGAUGAUACCGUUGUCUGCUACAAGUGUUUUCGUCGCCAGGGUGAGUCCACUUCUGUCACAGGUCGCAACUUCAAGCAAGAUGUUCUUAUCAAACUGGGUUGGCUUGUGACCCAAUGAUCUAGUGGACAUCACGAAAAUUUUGGAUGUUCAAGGACUGGCUAUUUCUGCUUUAUGGUUCUAAUAGCUCUGGGUUUGGAGUGAUUUCUCCAGAUUUUUGACAAAUCGAUGGUGUCAAAAGUAACCAAAUGUUCUCUUGAAGUGUACCAAUGUAAUUCAGUGGAGGUCAAGGCCCAUGCGAUCUCAUGUUUAGAAGAGGCCUUCAGCCAGGUACCAACUUUGUAGGGUAAAUAGCAUGCCAUCUGAUGAUUGGCACACUGAAUAUAUAUGUAUUGCUUACGCAUUGUAAACGCCAUAUUGAUUUAGUGUGAUUACUAUGCUUUUUUGGAA